AUGGCAGACAGCAUACUGAGUAAAGCGGCCACCAUGGAGAUACCCAUCAACAGUAACGGGGACGCAGGAGCCCUCACAGAAGAUGACAGCCUUGAACAAGACUUGCAGCAGGUCAUGGUGUCGGGACCCAACCUAAAUGAGACCAGUAUUGUAUCCGGAGGGUACGGAGCUGCUGCCGAGGGGAUCAUACCCACCAGCUCCAUUAAAGGACCAGCUAUUCACUUAAACCCAGUGUAUCUGGAGCGGAGACGGGGCAGUACGCACAAACCAGUCAUCCGCUCAAAAUGCACAGUUGUCCCUGCCAGCCAGUCAGCAUCCAGCUGGGUAGCCAAACAACCAGCACAUUAUCCAGCCAGCAGCAUGCAUCACAGUAACAGUAACCCAUCAAUGACAUCAGAGGAGAUGACACGAGGCAUCGCUGUGGAGAAGUUUGACACCAUGAAGAAAUGGAGCAUCAACACCUACAAGUGCACGAAGCAGAUGUUCUCGGAGCGUUUUGGGCGUGGUUCUCGUACCGUGGACCUGGAGCUGGAGGCUCAGAUCGACCUUCUGCGCGACACCAAGCAGAAGUAUGAGCAGAUCCUCAGACUAGCACGAGUGCUCACCAACCACUUCUACAACGUGGUCCAGACACAGCAUGCCCUUGGAGACCUUUUCACCGACCUCAGUCAAAAGUCUCCAGAACUCCAGGAUGAGUUUGGCUACAAUGCGGAAACACAAAAAUUACUAUGCAAGAAUGGGGAGACAUUACUGGGAGCCAUUAACUUCUUUGUUUCCAGCGUCAACACACUAGUCAACAAAACCAUGGAGGAUACUCUGAUGACCAUCAAGCUGUAUGAGAAUGCACGGCUGGAGUUUGAUGCAUAUAGGACUGAUCUGGAGGAGCUGAGUGCAGGCCCGAGAGACGGCACAACAAUGAUGCGUAUAGACAUGGCCCAGCAGCAGUACCACAUCCAUAAAGACAAAUAUGAGCGUUUACGGAGUGAUGUCACCAUCAAACUCAAGUUCCUGGAGGAGAAUAAGGUGAAGGUGAUGCACAAGCAGCUGCUGCUCUUCCAUAAUGCCAUCUCAGCGUACUUUGCUGGAAACCAGCAGCAACUGGAGCAGACCCUCAUACAGUUCAACGUGAAGCUCAAGCCCCCUGGCUCUGAUAAACCCUCAUGGCUGGAGGAACAGUGA